ACGACGUUGAACAUAUUGUAUGAUGUGAUUGCAUCGCAAAUCACUACUUAUUGACCGGAACAUCCGGUUUUCUAAACCAAUAUGGCCGAUUACGGUGAAGACAAUAAUUUUCAAUCUGGAGAUAGAUUCAGAAGUGAUAAUUACGACAACUACAAUAGUGGAGGAGGUGGUCAAAACAGAGGAUAUCGAGGUGGUGGCGGAGGGGGUAGAGGUGGUGGGGGUGGCGGUGGUGGACAGAAGCCUCUACCCACUGAACCCCCUUUCACAGCAUAUGUUGGUAAUCUACCCAAUGGAUUAGUGCAGGGAGAUUUAGAAUUAAUAUUUAAAGAUUUACGAGUUAGAAGUGUACGGCUUGUAAGAGACAGAGAUACAGAUAAAUUUAAAGGCUUUGCUUAUGUAGAAUUUGAAGAUUUAGAUUCAUUGAAAGAAGCUCUCACCUAUCAUGGUGCAUUAUUUGAAGACAGAAAUCUGAGAGUUGAUAUUGCAGAAAGUAGAGAUCGAGGGAAAGAUAGGGGCAGAGGUCGUGGAGGUCAAGGAGGUUUCCGUGGAGGUAAUAGAGGAGGAGGAAGGGGUGGACGAGGGGGCAUGGAUGGAGGAGGUGGAUGGAAUGACAGGGGUAAUGAUGAUGGACAAUUUGGUGAUCGGCGAGGAGGUCGAGGAGGGGGUUACAGAGACCGAGGAGGAUUUGAUGGUGGCAGUAGAGGAGGAGGAGGAGGAGGGUACGAUCGUGGAGGUGGUGGAUCUUUUGGAGGUGGUGGCAGAUCAAGACAAGACCGUCCACCUAUGCGGGAAGAGGAAUUUCGUGAACCAUCUCCAGAAUCUGCAGCAGCAAGGCCUAAACUAAAACUGAAGCCAAGAACAGUAGCGGCUCCAGUACUACAGAAGAGUGAAGCUGAACGUAACACUAGUAUAUUUGGUACUGGUAAACCACGUGAAGCAGCUGCAGAUGCUGAAAGUAAAACUAGAAGUAGAAACGUUAGUGAAGGAAGUAAUCAAGAAUAGCUGUGUAAAUACUUAUGUGUCGAGAAACUCAAACGUGCUCCAUUGUCUCACUAUUCUCAAGAUGUCCAUGUGGCCAGCGCUUACCAAGAAUUACAUGAAUUAUGACCAACACGGAGAUUUUCAGAUUGUUACUGAUGUUAAUAAACAUAUAUUUUUCUACCCAACUUUUAUUUCCAAUGAAAUUGUUUUUUUCUAACCUUGUUUGAAAUUAGGCCAUUUGUUCCUUAAGCAUACUUUUAUAGCUUUUUAUCAGAAGAGUUGGGAGUCUUGAUGAUGAUCUUUUAAUUGCAAUGUAUGUUAGUUAGAUAGGAAAUAGACAUUUUGUUAUGGUUGUGUUUAAAACAGUUAGUCAAUUUAGUGAAUUUAAAUUCUAUCAAACAAGAAUACUUCUUAGUAGUUAACAGAUGUAGGGAAAUUUGAAUAUUCAAAAUAAAAUUUUCUUUUACCCGUAUGCCAUAACGGUCACUGUUGUAUCUAUUCAUCCCUCAAGAUUUUUAUGUCUGCUUUUUUUAAGCUCAUGAAUCAAUUUGAAUGUAUGCUAAUGCUUUAUAUCUGUUAAGAUUUAUCCAUAUAAGACUUCCUGUUCAAGUCAAAUGGUGAUUAAGUUCGUCUUUUUUUCAAUGAAAUUUAUAAAUAGAAUCAUACAUAAACAUGUUUUUAAGUAAUUCGUUUAUAAAUUUUCUCAGGAUGAUUUUUUUGAAAAUCAGGAUAACAGAUUUUAAUUCUAUUUUCUUUUGCAAUUCAGUUUUCCAUAUUAAAAAUAUUAGAAAUUCUAAAGAAAAGCGCUCCAUUCCUUUGCAUUUAUUCAAAAACCAUCUCAUUACAAAAGAUAAAAAACUAUAUCUUAAUCAUUUAUAUGGAUGAGUAAUUGAUACAUUUAUUUAUUGUUUAGAUGAUAAAUUUUGAAGAUAAUAUAGAAAGACCCAUAAAUAUCAUGGCAUGUAAAUUUUUUCAUAUAUAACAAGUGCUUGGUGUUUGUUGACAAGAUUUUGUAUAUAUAUAUUGUUACAAUUAAGUGACUAUUAUAUUGUGAGUAAGGGCUGUUUGUUUGAGAAGAAUAUAUAUCAUUACAUAUUAUGUGUUAGUGAUGUGUUCUUUGUUCUUGGCUUUUGUUUUUUUAGUCCUUGGUUGCUUUUCAGACAUUUAUUAUUUAAACUGCAAACAUUCAGCUGUCUAACUCAAAUUAUGUACAUUAUAUAAGUUACCAUUUAUGCGUUAACCAAUUUCUUGGUCAUGUUGUUAAAUAAUUAUAUAUUUUCUCCAGUGCUAUUGAAAUACAUUGUGAGGUGCUGAAAUUAGUAUUUGUUUGGUCAAAAACAUACGAUUCAGGUGACUCUACAAUAGAAAUGCCUUUAUUUACCUCGGCAAUGUUAAAUUCAACACCUAAAACAGUUUGAAUGCUCUAGAGAAAUGUUAAAAUUAAUUGAACAACUGGCCAAAAAAUUGGUUAGUAUGUAAAUGGUUCUUGGUGUUAUACAUUUAGUGCUGCUAUUCUUUGCAUAAAUACACACACACAUUGUUUGAACAUUGAGGUUUUAUAAGUGAAGGACUAAGUAAUAUUGAAGUGGGCAUUUUCCUAUUGUAUUACAUAAAAUUGUGAAAUACAAUUAAAAUGAAGACUUGUUUUAUAUAACAUGGAAUUUUUGGAGCAAAUAUUUUAUUAAAUUUCAAUCUUAAAUAUAAUUUCAUACUUUUGUUUUAUUGACAUUGAAGUAAAAAAACUAGAGAAACUCGAAAAUUUGAAUAAAAAUAUAUGUGUGAUGUUUGUCAAUGAGACAACAACCAAACAAUACAAAAAAACCCAUAAAAAUAUUGAGGGGAUUGUUCAGAAACCAGAUGCAUCAUUGAAAUAAAACCAGGUCGAUGUAAAUUGUUAUUUUUAAUACAGUAUUCACACUGUCUAUUUAUUUGAGACAGUUUGAUGAGUUUCCACGAAAAGUAUAAAGAUAGAAAUAUGAUCCUAGUUUCAAAUUUUAAAAUAAAAAAAGGUCUUCAAUGUUGAUGUCGAAAGAACAGCAAAUCCUCUGUUUGAGAAAUUUCUUUGAUAAUUGGCCAACGUCAUUUUCAGGCUGGGGGCAGGGGAAGGAAUUUGUGAGGUUAUAUCACAUUACAUCUAGUCAGAGGGGUGUCUCUGUUAUUAUAAAAGAUUACACUUCAUUUAAUUUUUUUAUUAUUUUUUAUAAUUUUUAUUUUACUACAAUAUUACAGCAUAUGAUAUGCCCUUACUUUCUUAAAAAAAGAUAAUGUUCGUUAAAAAUUGCUGAAGUAUCAAAAGUAUUAAGGUUCCUUCCUUGUUGAACUAAGUUGUUUGUUGACAUUUAAAUGUGUAGGAAAUAUUGCAUACAUUCAUGACAAGAUGAGGGUGGAUACGACAAGCUUUGUUAGUAGGUUUGAUUAUCGCUGUUGAUAUUAGCUGGUUUAUCCCUCAUUGUGUACAUAAUAAAUGUGUUCAAAUGUACAUGAAUUGUAUAUGCUGUACAGAUUGCACUGUACAAAUAAUAAUAAAUUUGUAACAUAUCA